GUCUUCAGUCAGACAACAAACACAAGCUUCUCUGCUGACCAGACGAUUUUCCUGCUAAUAUUUGAGAUGGAAACUACAACAUAUGAUUACGACUAUGGUAAUUACAGCGAUGAGCAAUACUCUUCGAUCACACCAUGUCGUACUGAGAGUGUCAACAAUCUGGGAGCUCAUCUAUCCAUCCUUUACUACUUUAUGUUUCUCUUCAGUCUUUUUGGCAAUGGGCUGGUCCUGGUCAUCAUCCAUCGGUUUGAGAAGCUGACCACUGUGACCAACAUCUUGCUGCUGAACCUGGUGUUUUCCUCUCUAAUCUUCAUGAGCAGCCUUCCCUUUAUGGCAGUCUACAUGCAGCUCUCCAACUGGAUCUUUGGCAAGGUUAUGUGCAAGAUUGUGGGCAGCGUCUACUAUCUGGGCUUCUACAGUUCUGUCCUCUUUCUAACCCUUCUGACCUUCGACCGACACCUUGCUGUUGUGUACUCUUUGGGUGCAUCACGAGUGAGAAACAGAGGCUAUGCUCUAAUGUCCUGUGCUGUGGUAUGGCUGAUCAGCAGCCUGGCAUGCAUCAAGCCAAUGAUUCUCCACAACACUUUUAUUCAUUUCAUCAACAACAAAACACACUGUCAGGAGUAUCAGGUGAUUUAUCCUUAUGUUAAUGUGGAGCAGCUGAGAACAUCUGGAUUUUAUCUCCAGCUUUUCCUUUUCUUGAUCUUCCCUCUGGUUGUUAUUAUCUACUGUUACACUAGGAUUGCAAUCACUGUGCUAUCAUCCAGGAUAGUCACCAAGUUCAAGACAGUCAGGCUGAUAUUCAUCAUUGUCCUAUUGUUUUUCAUGUGCUGGACCCCAUUCAACAUUGUAAUGCUGAUGCACGAUGAAAACUCUACCUGUGAGGAAAAGCAGAAAAGGAAAUAUGCACUUCAAGUCACUCGUAACAUUGCCUACAUUUACUUUUGCUUCAGUCCAAUCUUCUAUACAUUUGUGGGGAAAAAGUUCCAAAACUACUUCAGACAGAUGCUGGUGAAACGCUUCCCAGGGUUAAAGGGACAUAUUUCUGUCAGUCAAAACAGCAGACCCCACGUGUCCACAAAAAGUACGCCAAAUGAGCUUUAGGAUUGGAAAACCCUUUAUUUCUCAGUGUAGCCAUGUGUUCAACUAACUAUGGUUUUACAAACAACUGAAGGAAGUGAUAAGUCAGUUCAGGACUGUCAGGGUGCAGAGAAAUGAAGUCUGAGUAGGGAAACAGUUUUGCCCACAGCAGGAUAAAAGCUGAGAUAACUGUUAUAUGUGCUAAACUCAACUGAGAGACAAAUAUGUGUUGUAUAAGAAUUUCUUGAGACAUAGUGAUACAAAUCAAUACCUACAAUGUGGUUAGCUAAUUUCACUCUUUUCGAUUCUCAAACCAUUGAAAAUGUGUUCUGAAAGUUAGUUGUCAAAUUGCAGCACAAAGAAAGAAACUGUAAACACACUGUCAAGAGCAUACCAAACCAACAAGUGUCAAUAAAACCCUGUGCUACCUUUACACCUGAGCGCUCUGUCAUGGUAGGUAGGAAAGAUGGGAAAAUUAAAAAAAAUUAAAUUUUUUGUUGGGGUGUCGUGGGGCAUCAUUAUAUAGCAAUUUCAUGGUGAUAACUAACAAAGUCACACCUUUUCAUGAACACGUGUCAUUGAUCAGGCUGAAAUUACUGAUUAAAUGUUGCACCCAUCAUAUUUCAGCUGUCUGCAUGUGACAGAAUUUAAAAGUUGGACUGUGGGACAACAUUAGGAAGGAAAGAUCCAUAGUCUCCUACCUCCUAAACAUCUGAACAAACUUUCAACCACCAGCCCUACAUUUUAAUGACUUAGAAUGAAAUACCAAAAGUGGUUUGCACUGCAUUUUUAUAAUGAAUCAAACAUGCACACUCAUUGUCUGGUAAUUUUCCUCAUCGACUUGCCUGCUUGUGACAACAUUUGGUUUUGGUUGUAAUUGUUUUAAUCUUUCGUUGUUUGUCAUCUUUUUUUUCUGUUAAAAGAAGUUUUACUAUGCAUGUUUAUAAUGAAUUUGUAAAAUGAAAAGUCUUGAUAUUGAUGUAGAGAUAAUGUGAUGAUUCGUUGAUUGUGUAGGUAUUCAAGUUUUGUAUAAAUCACAUUUUACAUGUAAAGAAAACAGUGAGCUUUGAGUGAAAAGCUGCAACAUCAAAGGGAGUUAAAAGCUUUAUGCAGUUAGUUGAUUUUUGGCGCUUGUGUUUGCUUGUGUAAUGCUAAGCUAUUUGAUUAAAUCAACACUUUUAAUCAGCAGGCUGCAUGUUU